CACACACACACACACACACACACACACACACACACACACACAGGGAGCAGUAGGUGAGAGGGGAAAGGCAGAACCAGGAAACAUUAGAACAACCAGGCUGCCUCAGAACCGACAGCAGGAUAUUUAAACCUCCGUUGGACUGACAGGAAGUCAGUGUGAAGUUCUGUGAACUGGACUGAUGUGAUCUACCUUCUGGGUUCUGCAGCAGUUCUGAAGUCUUGUCCUCAUCAUGGCUGACUGCAGCAGAACUGUGGCCGAUGUAAAGAGCCUCAUGGAGUCCUUCAGUGGUUCCGGUCCCCAGCAGAUGACAGAGUUCUACGACCGCUGGGCUCCGACGUACGAACAGGAUACAAACACACUGAACUACAGACCAGCACAUCUGGCUGUAGAGUUAAUAAACUCCAAGUUCAGCGGGAGCCGAGAGGAGGCUCAGGUUCUGGACCUCGCCUGUGGCACCGGACUGGCCGCUAAACUGAUGUCUGAACUGGGCUUCAGGCACUUUGUGGGUGUGGACUGCAGUAAAGGCAUGCUGGACCAGGCUGCCAAGACCGGACUGUACCAGGACCUCAAACUGGCCUCACUGGGAGCACAACAACUGCCUGCAGAGGCUGGUACGUUCCAUGUGGUGAUGAUCAUCGGUGCUUUACAUGAAGAUUAUGUUCCGGUCAGUGUUGUCAGGGAGAUCUGUGACGCCCUCAGACCAGGAGGCUACGCCUGCAUGACGGCUGUGGACCCAUCAUCAGAGAGUGGAGACAGAUACAGGGCGUCUCUGCAGAGAGAGCUGCAGCUGAUGGAGGAGGAGGGACUGUGGACUCACGUCUCCACCCAACAGAUUGAACGAUACAUGCUCGAUGUUUUUGAUGAUCAUGAUGACAAGCAGGGCGAGCGGUACUUUCAGGGGACCAUGUUCCUGUACAGGAAGUCACUGGACUAGAGUCCAUGUCCACAGUUCUGUAUAUUUUUAACACCACAUAUAUCACUGUAUACCAGCUCCCUUGAGAAACCAGGCUGCUAUUGGUCAGAACUGCUGGACUGUGAUAAAAAUAUCCAUAUAAAAAUAAAAGAAGCAGUAAAAUAUAAUAAAAAGUGGUGUGUCCCAUUUAGUAACACAGUUCUGCACUAGUCACUGCUGGGUGUUUCCAGAGUGAAUGUCUGUCCAGUGUCCAGUUUAAAAUUGAUGGUACUCUUGAGGAAGAGACAUCCUCGACUGAUUAAAUCAAGUUUGUUUUAUUUAGGCCUGUCAAGACCCUAAAAAUCCAUUCACAAUAAAAUAAUAUGGCGACAAACUUGAACUUAUUGAACAAAGUGAACAAAUUACCUGGCAGCAUCUAAAAAAAUACAGCAUGUGGGUUUUUUUUUUUUACGGAUUAUAAAUAAUAAAGACUCGUGUGAGAUGCCA